GAGCGCGCAAUCCGGCGCAUGUGUGAGUGCGAGCGGGAGAGCAAGACGAAGACGUGUUCUUUUGCCCAAAAAGCAAAUAAUUUGUUUUAUCAGAGAAAAACAAAAAAAUUCCAGCAACUGUCGGCGAUAAAAACACGACAAUCGCAUUGCAGCCGCGACAGACCGAAAAAUCAGCCUCAGCUGACCGGAAAGUUCACUUGCGACGUGGAAAAUCACCAGAGAACUAGAGUAUUUCUCAGAAUUUCAGAAUGUGUGGCAUAUUCGCAUACUUGAAUUAUUUGACGCCCAAAUCGCGACAGGAUGUCUUGGAUCUCCUGCUGCAGGGCCUCAAAAGAUUGGAAUACCGUGGCUACGACUCCACGGGUAUUGCCAUCGAUGCCUUGAACUCCGGGGAAGAACAGGCCAUACUCCUGAUAAAAAGAACUGGCAAAGUGAAGGUCCUGGAAGAUGCGGUGGCCGAGGUUUGUCUGGGUCAGGACUACUCCCUGCCCAUAGACACCCACAUAGGCAUAGCCCACACGCGAUGGGCCACCCACGGUGUGCCCUCCGUGGUCAACUCGCAUCCCCAGCGAUCCGAUGAGCAGAACAGCUUCGUAGUGGUCCACAACGGCAUCAUCACAAACUACAAGGAUGUGAAGACCCUGCUGGUGAAGAGGGGCUAUGUCUUUGAGUCGGACACCGAUACGGAGGUGAUAGCUAAACUAGUUCACCACCUGUGGCAACAGCAUCCUGGCUAUACUUUCGGGGAACUUGUGGAGCAGGCUAUCCAGCAACUGGAGGGCGCCUUCGCCAUCGCCUUCAAAUCGAAGCAUUUCCCAGGGGAGUGUGUGGCCUCGCGUAGGGGAUCCCCGCUCCUGGUGGGCAUCAAAGCCAAAACCAAGCUGGCCACGGAUCACAUACCCAUCCUGUACGCCAAGGCACACCGGCCACAUGGUCAGCCGCAGCAGCAGGCCUUCCCAGUCCUGCCCCCCGGCGAUUGCAGUGCGGAAUUCCAGCCUCUGGAGCGCAAGGAAGUGGAGUACUUCUUCGCCUCCGAUGCCUCAGCCGUCAUAGAGCACACGAACAGGGUGAUUUACCUGGAAGAUGAUGAUGUGGCCGCCGUGAAGAGCGAUGGCACGCUCAGCAUUCACCGCCUGAACAAGUCCUCUGACGAUCCGCACGCCAGGGAGAUCAUCACCCUCAAGAUGGAGAUCCAGCAGAUCAUGAAGGGCAACUACGACUACUUCAUGCUCAAGGAGAUCUUCGAGCAGCCGGAAUCAGUGGUGAAUACCAUGCGCGGAAGGAUGAGGUUCGAUACGCAGAGCGUGGUGCUGGGAGGAAUCAAGGAGUACAUACCGGAGAUCAAGCGUUGCCGGCGUUUGAUGCUGAUAGCGUGUGGCACAUCCUACCACAGUGCAGUGGCCACCCGGCAGCUGCUGGAGGAACUCACCGAACUGCCUGUGAUGGUGGAACUAGCCUCCGACUUCCUGGACAGGAACACACCCAUCUUUCGGGAUGACGUGUGCUUCUUCAUCUCCCAAUCGGGAGAGACGGCGGAUACCCUGAUGGCCCUGCGGUAUUGCAAGCAGAGAGGAGCCCUCAUCGUGGGCGUCACGAACACAGUGGGCAGCAGCAUCUGCCGGGAGUCGCACUGUGGAGUGCACAUCAACGCCGGUCCCGAGAUCGGAGUGGCCUCCACCAAGGCCUACACCUCGCAGUUCAUCUCGCUGGUUAUGUUCGCCUUGGUCAUGUCGGAGGACCGUCUGUCCCUGCAGCAGCGGCGGCUGGAGAUCAUCGAUGGCCUGUCCCAGCUGGACGAGCACAUCCGAACUGUCUUGAAGCUGAACUCACAGGUGCAGGAGCUUGCCAAGGAGCUGUACCAGCACAAGUCGCUGCUCAUCAUGGGCAGGGGCUUCAACUUCGCCACCUGUUUGGAGGGAGCACUGAAAGUCAAGGAGCUGACGUACAUGCACAGCGAGGGAAUCCUUGCCGGAGAACUGAAACACGGACCCCUGGCCCUCGUGGACAAGGAGAUGCCCGUGCUGAUGAUCGUCCUGCGGGAUCCCGUCUACACGAAGUGCAUGAACGCCCUGCAGCAGGUUACCUCUCGCAAGGGCAGACCCAUCCUGAUUUGCCAGGAGGGCGACUCCGAGACGAUGGCCUUCUCCACCCGAUCGCUGCAGAUUCCCAGGACCGUGGACUGCCUGCAGGGCGUGCUCACGGUUAUCCCGCUCCAGCUGCUGUCCUACCACAUCGCCGUUUUGCGAGGAUGCGACGUGGACUGCCCCAGGAAUCUGGCCAAGUCGGUGACCGUGGAGUAGGCACCACCAGCAUUUGGCAUGGACCGCAUCAAGAAUUCCAUUUUAGUAUCUGCCUAAGAAAAGCAAAAUACACCCUAGGACUUAAGUUGAAAUCUUUUGGUAUUCUCGCGGAUUGAAAACCGAUCUUACACCAUUUAACCCCAUGUGCCCCAAACGGCUAAAGCCGGAUCUAUUAGCCACAUGCAUGUUGUAGCCCCACUGACCCCUAUUUUGUGUUGUGAAACUAUUACUUUUUGUGAAUGUGCAAUUGAAAUAUAAAUAUUUCCAUAUUUCUUUAAAAA